AUGAGCGGCGCAGGUUGGCUGUUUUUGUUUGCGGUCCUUAUGGCUGCAGGGCUGUUAUUCUGCAUGGUCUUCUUUAUUAUCAUGUUCUCUGACCUCGAAUGCGACUACAUCAACCCGAUAGACUUGUGCAAUAAGCUGAAUCAGUUUGUCCUGCCUGAAAACAUCGCUCACGCCUUCCUCGCCACGUUAUUCCUGUUAUCUGGCCAAUGGACAGCCCUCCUACUCAAUGCUCCCCUUGUCGUCUUCAAUCUCAAUAAGAUACGAAACAAAAACCACAUGUAUGACGCGACGGAAAUCUUCCGGACGCUUCCUGGGCACAAGAAGGAGAGCUUCAUCAAGCUUGGGUUCUACCUACUCUCCUUCUUCUAUUACCUCUAUCGCAUGAUUGUUGCCCUGAUUGCGGAGAGCGAGUAG